UAUAUAUAUAUAUAUAUAUAUAAACAACAUUUAUUAUCAGUGUAUUAAUUUAUAACACCAAUCCUUAAAUACUAUGUUCGUUUUGUUUGUAUAAGCACCUUCUCAGGUGUUCAGUGGUCCAGCGCAAGAUAAUAAAAAUUUAUGUUAGAUAAAGUCAGCUGACAUAUAUUUGACACGGAUAAACGAUCUCGUCUGUGGCCAGAAAUUAAUAUGUAUUUAAAUGUAGAAUAAAAUUGUGGAUUUCGUGUUGGUACAGCCAUUUCAAAGUCUGAAGUGUGUCAUUCGGGAACCUAUCUUUUUAUAUAAAAGACCAAUUUUUUUUCCCAACCUGAUUGUAAUUCAUUUCGUUGGAGGAGUUCGGUGGCAACAUGAGCGGUACUGUAAGCCGCGGCAGUGUGAAGACGCGCUGGGACGCCCAGUGUCAGAUAGCCGCAAGGAUCUGCUCAGCACUGCAGCCACUACCCUGACUGCUGCCCUGCUCUCAAGGUCCUGUGGUGUCAUCUACGGCUAAAAACAGGGUCAUUUACAGUAAAAGUUCACAGAGCAGGUCCUCCUUUGGUUGAGUGGGGGCCAUAAUGGGUUGUUGUGCCACGCGGAUCGUAACAGGAACACCAGUGAAGUGAGUACGGUAAAGAUGACGACAGCUGAUCUCGUUUUCAUUCAUCCUCCGCAGUGUAAUGAAAAUAAGAAUCAAAUCAAUAAUGAUUCUAGAUGAUAUGUUUGGCGCUAUUGACUGGUCUGGCUGACUCAGACUUUUCAACUCUUGGUGAAGCCCCCGGAGCAUCGUGGACGCCAAAGGCGUUUCCCCCCCACCACUGUCCAGACAUGAGCUGUGAGACGCGCUGGAGGACCUGGCAUCCGGAAGCCCACAUGGACAGGCUCUGUGCCGACUGCCAAGCGCCAGGAGGGGCCCGGGGCCUGUGCACACUGUGCAACCAGCACCUGUGCUGCCGCUGUGCCAGCCUGCACCAGCACGCCAGCCGGACGGCCCCCCUGCCCGCCUCGGACAUGGCGGCGCACCCCUCCCCCAUUGACACCAGCUGCUGGCCAAACAGACCCCCCCCGUGCCACCUGCACGGACCGGAGCCCCUGGAGCUCUUCUGUGAGACCUGUGACCUCCUGGCCUGUAGCAGAUGCCACCUUUCCAGCCACGUGGAUCACAGGUUGGUCCAUGUGGGAAAGGCCCUCCGGGAUCAGCUCUGGCUCUUCGAGAGGCUGACGGCCCAGCUGGAAGACAAAAGGUCCGCCGUGGAGAACUCAGCCAAGCUGAUCGAGUCCAGAAUACAUGGACUGAAGAUCCUACAGAGAAAGGCAGAGAAUCAGAUUAAAAUGGCAAAGAUGAUUAUAAUGAAUGAGCUCAACAAACGAGUCAACUUAUUAACAGAGCAACUUAAGAAGAUGUCUGGCGACUUUCGGCAGCAGCUCGAAGGGCAGCUGCAGGGCCUGGUGGAGCUCUGCAGCCAGCUGGGCCAAACGCAGAACUUUCUCAGCUGGGCCACGUCCCACCACCAGAGAGGCCAGCUGCUCUUCAACAAGGAGCUGAUCAUGUUCCAGAUGCAGCAGUUGCUGGAGUCCCAGCUUCAGUGUGACAUGGAGACCCCUGUGAAGAUCAAAUUCAACUGGGAUGCCAGCUUGUGGACCAAGCAGAUCUCAACGUUAGGUCAUCUGACAGCAGAGGGGGGGUUCCUCCCUCAUUCCGAGAGGCUGUCGUGUUCCGGCCUCCUUAAGCCACACCCCCUUACCUGCCCCGCCCUCCCAGCUUCCAUGUGUCCCGGAGCCGUGGAGCAGGGCUGCGGAUUUCAGACCUGCUUCCAGUCGCAGGCAUGCUGCCCUGGCUGUGUGGCUUCCAAGGCCUGCGAACCCCACCCGGGCCUCCUAGUGGACCUCAGCCUGGGUUCCUCAGGGCAGAAGGGCAGCUGCCAACCUCUUAGACCAUAUCCUGACAGGCAGCUGGAGCAGCCGUCUGCAAAGCAGCCAGAUGAGAAGGGGCCGGAGCGGUGUCACGCCGGGUGUAAGCAGCGUAGACAGAAACCUGCGGCCCAGCGCUGCACUCCUCUGCCAGGCCCCUUGGAGCCCAAAGGACCUCGGGCUCUUGUCCCCCAUGCAAAGAAGCUCCCCCAGCAGCGUGCCAGGCAGACGUUGUCGCCCACGGAGGAUGCCCAGGUGCACUGCCCCAGCGGCAAGCCCCCGGAGGCGCAGCAGUCAAUGGCCGUCUGCUCCAGUCUACAGCUCCUUCUGCAGUCUCCACAUCAGUCCUGUAGGGGGCAGCAGCCAGGGAGGGCUCAGGGGUGGGUGGACUUGGACAAGCUGCAGCUGGCCAUGAGACGCAACGGGACGGGUCCAGGUGGCCCGCAGCCUGCCGUGAAGCAAAGAACCGCCGAACCAGCCAGGGUGGGUCCAGAUGGACUGGGUGCAAAUGAACUGCAAGAGCCCCAGCGACAGCUGCAGGCGCUAACACCCUCGGCAGUGCUGGAGCGUGGCGUUGCCCAUCAGGCCGAAGGGCAGCCAUCAGAAGUGCUACAGCUGCUUGAGAGCAACACCUGCAGCUCCGGGGAAUCUGGCUUGUCUGUGAUGUCGACACCGGCCCAGGGGGGCCCCACCACCGAGCAAACGAGGCCGCUGGGACCACCGGCUCGUGCUGCCCCCGAGGGCCAGCCUCCGAGGGCCGCCCGCAGCCUAGCAACAGCAGGUGGGGAGCAGGGCAACGCGGCGGGCCAGGGUCAGAGGAGGUCGGCAGCAGUUGGGCCAAACCAGAUCACUCCCUCUACCCUGAAUGCUCAUGGAAGGAUUGUUUUUCUUUGCUUGUCUUCACCGACCUCUUACAAGACAGAGUCAGGUAAUAUUUAUGCAUGCAAGGAGACAGAAACUGAAGGUAGACUUGGACCAAGAUCUCAGGACAGUAUCAGGGAAGCAUCGGCACUCCCCAAACGUCCCCGAGCCACGCGCGUACGGUCGGAGCGCUCGAAGGCCCGAGCCACGCCAGGAGUGAAGAGCCGACGAGGUCCUCGUGCAGAUCCCAUGCCUGCAGGGGACGCUGUUGCUCCAGAGCUACUAGAGUGUUCAGCUGCUAAGGAGUUGAAGGGAGGACACAGAGAUGGAAUGAUGAGCACUGGCCAGUUGAGGGUGGACCUGUCAGAGCAGCUCACAGCCAACAGCACACCGCAACUCACGCAGUGUGAGAAAAGAGGAGCAGAAGAGGAGCCCUCACCAGCCCUCCCUGAAACACAGACUGACCCAAAAUCCAGUCCAAGACCAGAGUCUGAGACAGAGGCAUGCUCUGAAACAGAGCUAGAGAUAGAAUCGGAACCAGAACUGGAGUCUGAGCCGGAUUUAGAAAUAGAGACGGAUCAGGGAGCCCUGCAAAAUCCAGGGUCAGACCAGAGUCUGGAGUCCGAGACACAGCCAGACUCGGAAGCAAAUAUGGACACAGAGCCGGACCUGGUGUCUGCUCAGCAGCUGGAGACAGAGGCUAAUCUGGAGUCAGGGAUACAGGCAGGGUCACAGCCCAGUCUCGAGUCAAAGACUGAUCUGGUGUCAGAGCUACUGCCAGGUUCACAUUCCAAUGUUGAGUCAGAGCCUCCUCUGGAGUCAGUGAUAUCAGGGCUACAGGCAGAAACCUGCUUAGCAUCAGAACCUUUUCUGGAGUCAGGGCAACAAGCAGAAUCACAGUCUUGCCCAGAGUCGGAGCCUGAGCUCGAGGCAGGGCUACAGACAGAGUCACAGUCCUGCCUAGAGUCAGACUCGGGUAUGGAGGUUGAUCCGGAGCUCCCACCGACCGGAGAGCUUGGUGACCACAUAACGGCAGAAAACGGUCUCGCUCCGGGGCAUGUAGAGAUGGAGAAUGAGGACUUCUGUGGGGUCUGCCUGAAUGGGGGAGACCUCCUAUGCUGUGACCGUUGCCCCAAGGUCUUCCAUCUGCUGUGCCAUGUCCCACCUCUCCUCAGCUUCCCCACUGGCGACUGGGUGUGUACGCUGUGCCGGGAUCUUGAGCAGCCAGAAGUAGAAUAUGACUGUGAGAAUGUGCGCUUCUAUACCAGGAACGAGGGCAAGGCGCUCCAGCGCGGGCUGUCCGAAUUUGACUUGAGGAAGUGUGAGAAGCUGACACUGUCCAUCUCCUGCAACAUCCUGAGUGCACCUUUCCAAGAACCAGUCAGCCCACUGGCGCGGCAUUAUUACCAGAUCAUCAAGAAGCCGAUGGACCUCUCUGUCGUCAGGGCCAAGCUGACCAGAAAGAGCCGUCAGCACUACCACACUCCCGAGGAAUUUGUGGCUGACGUCCUUCUUAUGUUCAGGAACUGCGCAAAAUUCAACUACCCGGAUUCAGAGGUGGCCCAAGCGGGCCGGAACCUCGAAGAGUUCUUCAGCUCCAAGCUGAAUGAGAUCUACCCCGACAGAACCUUCCCAGCCCUGGAGGAUGACUCCGACAGUGACAGCUACGAGGAGGCGCACGGCGUGGGAGUGGCCGGCUUCCCUUGGCCAAAUGGGAAGGAGCACUGCCACAGGAAGAGGAAGAGGAGUCACUCCCUCAAUUGGAGGAGACACCAUUUCUGAAAGACUCCUCUUGGGUGUCUCAUAUGUAGAUAUGGGCAGUGUGGUGUCCAGCUUUUUUAACCUUUCUCAUGAUAUUGUUUAGACUUAACCGAGGCAUGAGUGACACAUUCUGAGUGGUCCGCAGGGCAUUUUAUUUUGUACGUAGCUUUUUAAUAUAUUUAAGAUGAUUGCACAUUAAAAAAGCGAUUGUUAUUUUUAACUGAAAUCCUUAAGCUGGGGAUACACUGCGAAAACUGUAACGCUGCAAAUCCGGGAAGCACUUGAAAUGCUACGUUGCGGAGUCACACUGCUGGUUACAUUGUGUAAUAUAGAGGCCAAACAUUUCACCGCUUUCUGCUGCCCGGUUCAAUUCAAACGUCUUUCUGUAAUUACAUGAAUUGCUAGAUUGACAAAUCUAUUUCCCUUGUUCAUUUUUUAUGAUUAAAUUAUUGCUUUUUUUUCUAAUUGGCUUAAUUUUCAUGUCCUGAAAAAAUCUGUCUCAACUGAAUGAUGAUGCAACAUGAUUCAAGGUUUACCGUAGUAAUUUUAAAUAACCACAGUCAAUAAGUUAAACCCAGCAGUAUUCAACUACUAGCACAACCUUGCGAACGAUACAUGUGUGAAUACACUGCAUAAAUAUCAAAUAUACACACAUUCUGUUCCCCGUCUAACUUCCUACUGUCAAACAGACACGUCACCUUGGACAAGAAGGCCUGAUUAUGUACAGGAAGUAGAUGAUCCAUUGUUUGAUCACUUUAUAACAGUGGGUCACCAGUUUGAAGCCUAGAUUCAUAGAUUCAUAAACCUUUGAUGUCUGGUAGUGCUUGCCAAUACUAUUCCUAUAUUGUCAUGUUUAUAGGUUGUAUAUAUUCAUAACUUUGAUUAAGCGGUGCCACAGGCUAAUUUUUAAAUGUAUUUGUUAAAUGCUGCUCUUCUUUUGUAGAGGGUCCUCAUCCGUCUGAGUGUGAUGCCCAGCAGUGGGGCCUUGGG